AUGCCUCCGUCACCGCAAGUGCUGGAGUGCCAUCACCCGGCUCGAGAUCACUUCCGGGACUGCAUUCGGAGUCUUUUCUGUGCCCACCAAAUGCAAAAAGAGAUGUUGCGCCUAAUAUUUUCGGACGGUUUGUGGCGAAUCUUUGCUCGUCCGGCGCACAGGGCUUCCGCCGAGAGGGGCUUGUGA